AACUUGUUCUUUUGUGGUCUGUAGUUCUUUUUUUUUGGAACCACACGUGUAAAUCGUGUGGUAUCUGAAUAUAAUUUAUUUUUAUGUAAAAAAUGUUUAUAAAAUAAUACGAAAUGAGUUUAUACAAUUUCAAAAAGAUCGCUGUGGUCCCCACGGCCAAGGACUUUAUCGAUAUAAUAUUAUCGAAAACACAAAGAAAAACUCCAACAGUUGUACAUAAACACUAUAAAAUAACACGGAUCCGUGCGUUCUAUAUAAGAAAAGUGAAGUAUACGCAACAGAAUUUUCACGAUAGGCUAUCCCGGAUUAUACAGGAAUUUCCCAAGUUAGAUGACGUCCAUCCGUUCUACGCGGAUCUGAUGAAUGUGCUGUAUGACAAGGACCACUACAAGCUGGGGCUGGGACAGCUGAACACUGCUAGACAUCUUAUAGACAAUGUAGCGAAGGACUACGUGCGCCUGCUCAAGUUCGGCGACUCGCUGUAUCGAUGCAAGCAGCUCAAGCGCGCCGCGCUGGGGCGCAUGGCCACCAUCAUGAAGAGACAGGCUGCCAAUCUGACGUAUCUUGAACAGGUGCGUCAACACUUGGCGCGUCUGCCGUCCAUAGAUCCCUACACUCGCACCAUCAUCAUCUGCGGGUUCCCAAAUGUGGGCAAAUCCAGCUUUAUUAACAAGAUUACCAGAGCUGAUGUAGAGGUUCAACCCUACGCAUUUACAACAAAAAGCUUAUACGUCGGUCAUACAGACUACAAAUACUUGAGAUGGCAAGUGAUUGACACCCCUGGAAUCCUGGACCAUCCAUUGGAAGAGAGAAACGUGAUAGAAAUGCAGGCGGUGACAGCCCUAGCGCACCUCAGGGCUGCCGUGCUCUACUUUAUAGACCCGUCUGAACAGUGCGGCCACAGUAUUGAGGAACAGAUUUCCCUCUUCGAUAGUAUCCGGCCACUUUUCUCCAACAAGCCCUUGAUAGUGGUCCUCAACAAAAUAGACGUGGUCAAACCUGAGGAGUUGGCCGCCAACAAACGCGCGCUCAUCGAGGAGUUGGAGGCCACUUGCGCCAAGGGGAACCUCGUCAACGCGGACACAAACUCGGAGCUUCGUACUGUGCCCGUGAUGAGGAUGUCCACUGUCACGGAGGAGGGCGUCCAGGAGGUGAAGAUCGAGGCCUGCGAGAGGCUGCUGGGCCACAGGGUCACCGAGAAGAUGAGGACCAAGAAGGUGGACGGAAUCCUCAACCGUCUCCACGUAGCGGUGCCCUCCCCGCGGGACAACAAGGUCCGACCCCCCGUGCUGCCGCCGGGGGUCCUGGAGAAGCAACAGAAGAAAGCGGAGAGAGAGUCGAGGAAACGCAAGCUCGAGAGGGAGAUUGAGCUUGAACAGGGAGAUGACUAUGUGCUGGACCUCCAGAAGAACUACUCGGAUAUUGCGGAGGAAGAACGUCACGAUCCCAUCCCAGAGUUCUGGGAGGGGCACAACAUUGCCGACUACAUCGACCCGGACAUAUUUGAAAAACUGGCUGAAUUGGAGAAGGAGGAGGAGUCGAGAAUGGCCGGUGGGCUGUACGCGGUGCCCAAGAUUGAGCUGGACGAGACGAUGAAGGAGAUCCGAGAGCUGGCCCGACAGAUACGCAACAAGAAGGCAGUCCUCAAAGACGAGUCUCGUCUCGUGAAGCAGUCGACGAAACCCGUCAUGCCGAGAACCAGUCGCGCGAGGGACCGCGGCCGCUCCACCACCAAACUCAGAGACGAGAUGGAGAAACUUGGCGUGGACAUGUCGGACACAAAGCAGGCCAACUUCACAAAGACGCGAUCGCGGUCGCGUUCGCAGUCCGCGACUGUCGCGAAACGCGCGCGCGUCGCGUCGCGCUCCGUCAGCAAGCCGGCCAGAGACGAACAAGGGGUCAAAGACGUCGCUAUGCGAAAGAGAGCGAAGAAUCUUGCUCACGUGGCCAUCGCGAAGAAGACGAAGAAGAUGGGUCUCAAGGGAGAAGCCGACCGCUUCAUCGGCACCAAGAAGCCCAAGCAUCUGUUCUCCGGCAAGCGCGGCGUCGGCAAGACCGACCGCCGGUAGUGUGCGACCACCUUUAUGUGCAGUGUGCGCUCAUGUUCAACGAUAGGGUUAUACUAUCUUUAUGUACUAAUUUGUUUGAAAUAAAGUACUUAUAUUUUAUCAUU